CUUGACCUGUCACACAGGAGGAAGAGGGCAUUAGGGCAACUCCUGCUUCUCUCUCGUCAACAAUCACAGUCAGCAGACUAGACUACAGCAGAGCAAAUAGAACUCAGAGCGACGCCGCGUUCUUUUAGACACUCGUGAGAUUGUAAUAGCCUAUAUUUGAAAUGCAGUUUGUAAUCGAGAAGUGUGCAUAUAGUCACUAAAGUGGGACAGUCGCGGUGUAGGAGUUGUUGAGUUGUUGUGCGGCGAAGCACCCAUGACCAAAGCGCAUGGAAUAUUGGAAUAAUUCUGCGACGCACGAAUACACUUUGAACUGAAGAAGCGAGUUGGGAGUACAUUUUGUCCAUCGAAAAUAAUUCUGUUCUCUAUUGGAGGUUACUUUUAUUGACUUUUCAAACCACUGAUAUUUCUUUGUCUGUAUCCCUUUGUUUUGGCUGUCUACACGACUGCUGGACUGGACACAGUCAUGCGCUCUCUGUCUCUCUAUUGUGACAUCGAGUUUCCAGCAUUUUUCCUAGGCUAUUUAUGGUUUAUUUGAAUAGAGACAGAUAUAAACACAUUGAUAUAGCGAAUAAACAAUUAUCUGAAACUUUGCACAGUGUGUAGGACCAUUUUCAACACCUGACCCUCGAUGGGAUUUUGGAAAGCUUUAUGAGACUGUAGAGGACUUGCUAGAACUUCUGUUUCACAGACCUUACAGGACUUCAUAUUUUGUGGACAACAAGACAGGAGCCAUCAUGGGUGUCAGGCAGAGUAGCCCCAUGGCUGAGAGGCGAACCCGGGCUUAUUCUAGCCCUGUCCCCUCCUCUGGAGGCAGCACUACCCCAGUGUUCAGAUACACAGCUGGGCCUGGUGGGCCACAAAUUCACUACACCGGAUGGGACCGACCCAGCUCCUACCACCAGAUUAGUGUACCUCAUGGCGGACGGAGCAGGACGGAUGUGUUCGGUAACAGUCUGGACCAGGAUGAGUCAGACUGGGAGAGAGGAGAACACCAGCUGAUGAUUGGCUCUCUACCACUUCACCUGUCCCCUAACCUAAUGGGAGGGUUCCACUGUCCUGUGUGCAGUAAGUUUUUGGUGUCAGAUGAGAUGGAGAUCCACCUGAUCAUGUGUCUCACCAAGCCACGACUCGCCUACAACGAGGACGUUCUGGAGAAGGAUAGUGAGGAGUGUGCCAUCUGUCUAGAUGAGAUGGAGCAGGGAGACACCAUCGCUAGACUGCCCUGUCUCUGUAUCUACCACAAAGGGUGUAUAGACGAGUGGUUUGAGGUGAAUCGUUCGUGUCCAGAGCACCCCUCGGACUAAGGCUUCAGAUGCUCACGGCAUGUCUACUAUCUACCUAGUUCUUCCAGAUCUACGUCCUCAUGACAUGCAGGCCUAUGAAUCUACUUUACCUAGAGCUACGUCCUCAUGACAUGCAGGCCUAUGAAUCUACUUUACCUACAUCUACGUCUUCAUGACAUGCUGGCCUAUGAAUCUACUUUACCUACAUCUACGUCUUCAUGACAUGCUGGCCUAUGAAUCUACUUUACCUACAUCUACGUCUUCAUGACAUGCUGGCCUAUGAAUCUACUUUACCUACAUCUACGUCUUCAUGACAUGCUGACCUAUGAAUCUACUUCAUCCAGAUCUACGUCCUCAUUACAUGCUGGCCUAUGAAUCUACUUUACCUACAUCUACGUCCUCAUGACAUGCUGGCCUAUGAGUCUACUUUACCUACAUCUACGUCUUCAUGACAUGCUGCCCUAUGAAUCUACUUCAUCCAGAUCUAUGUCCUCAUGAUGUGCUUGCCUAUGAACCUACAUCACCUAGAUCUACGGAUGACCUCCUGGUCCGUGAAUCUACUCUACUUAUAUCUACGCCUGACCAGUGUUUGAAGAAGAAUGACUCUGUGCAGCCUACUGUUUUGCCACACCAGGAUACCCUGAUUUGCCUGGAAUGCUCAUUUAGAGACGCUCACCAUAGACUUCAAUAGACUGGGCCGGGACCCGUCAUCUGAGAGUUGUACCUCAGCUGACUGACAAGGAAGAUGCUGCUCAUGCUUAUAUAAGACACUGAUGAACGGAUGUCGUCUGAAUGCUGAUGACAUGAGGAGGAACACGGUGGUGCAUGGACACAUAGCGAGACUUCAAUAUUCCUCUCAGAUCUACUCUCGUGCUUAGUGGGUAAGGGGGUGGAUACCUUCAUUGUUAGUAUUACUGUAUUAUAACAAUGUAAUAAUGGGUUUGAUUUUAACGGUGUAGAAUGAGGCUAUUUAGACGGCCGUUUCUACUGUAGUUAGACACGCGGUCUGAAUGCUGUGGCUGAAACAUGCAGCUAAUUCUGACCUUAAUUUGUACACACUUAUGUCAACGAUGAAAUCACAUGUUCUGUUGACCUUUCAUUGGAUUUCUGUGGUUGUGUAACAUCAAUGUAAAGGUAGCAUACAGGGAAUUAAAACACUUGAUUUUAAAAAAAACUUUUGAUUUACCCAGACACCACUGUGAUGUGUAUAUUUUGCAUAAGAGCUUGUAUUUGAUUCAAUUAAUAACUAAUCAAACUCCAGAAUAUGUACUGUAACAAUAUGGUGAUUUAUAUAUGUACACAAUGUCAUUAAUGUAUGUUUAAAUCAUGAGUGUUUUACAUUUGUACUGUUUUUAAUAUUACUAAAUCAGAACCUUUUAGAGGUUUAAGAAACAAAGAAUAAAAGUUUAUCAAAUUGA